CAUGCACUUUUUUUCUCUCCUCACGAGUUGUGCGUGGAACAACUCGUGCAGAGCUAGCCAAGAGUCUUCUAGCACCAGGAAAGAUCCCUGACCUCUGAUCAGUAUCGCCACUGAAAGCUUGGACUUUAGCACGUAUGAAAGGGGGUUUGUGGACGCAGAGCUGUAAAGGAAAGCGCCUAAAAUAGAGAGACGAGCUCGAACAGAAGAGUUUUAACCACUGCGCUGGGAUGGAAUAUCUAGCCAUUUCUGUAUUAUUGUUGCUGAUCAUUGUGCUUUUAAGCGAGGCAGCAAGGAGGACAACUUUGAAAUUCUUCGCCCGGAAAGAUUAUGCCGUCUAUCUGCUUGAAAUAAUUUCAACAUUUCAGCUAUGUGCCUGCACACAUGAACUCAAACUCCUCGGCGAAGUGGGCCAAAUUGAGCCACAGAUAGGAUUGACUCUAACGUACACAACUACGGUGGUCCACGCGCUAACAUUUCGUGGAGCUCUUUGCAAUCCAUCCGGUGCCCUCGAGCACAUUUACCGUGGAAACCUCACCGGCAAGAGAGCUUUGGCACGGAUCGCUUGCCAAUUUAUUGCGGCAGUGCUUGCACGUUUGGUGAUAUUAGAAGUCUGGGCUCUGGAGCUCUCCGACUUGCACCUCAAGCACAAAUCACUGGGAUUUAAAUGCACAAGUCCAAUUCACACUGUCCUACUGAAAGCAGUUGCUGUGGAAUUGGCUUGCGCGUUCGCAGUGCAAACAGCUGUCACUCACUUGAACCGACUGGACGAAAAAUACAGAGCUCUUUUCAUUGCCGCUGUGGUCACAUUCUUAGUUUAUGCAGGAGGCAGUUUUACUGGAGCCGUGUUCAAUCCAGUUCUGGCGUUCUCCAUCCAGUUCCCCUGUAGCGGGAACACAUUUCUGGAGUAUUCCCUUGUGUACGGCGUGGGACCCGUUUUGGGUGUUGCCUUCUCCGUGCUGCUCUUUGACAAAAUCAUCCCACUGUUGUCUGGGAAAAGUACAUAUGAGAGGGGUGCAGACAUUGCUGGCAUCAAGGAUAAGAUGGCAUGAAAGCUGUAUUACUUCCAGCACUCAAGCAGUGCUUUGGAGCUGGUGCAUUCACGAGUCAAUGCUGUUCUAUUUUGACCCUUUGCCAACAAUGUGUUAAGUUCUUAGGCGCCUCAUGGACUUGACUUGUAACUCCCUCACUCACUGUUAGCCGGCUGAAGAUUCUCGAGAAGGGGGAGCUAUUAACCCUCACGUUGCUUCGCAUCAACGACACUGCGUGCCCUUAUAUGUUGAUAAAAUGUUGGUAGAAUGUUAUGUCAUCUGAGAAUAAUAAUGCUGUGUAGUAGCUGUGAAACACUUGAAACACCGUUGAAGGACUGAAGGGCAAUACUUACAUGAGCACUAUGUUUACAUGUCUGGCAGCCCAGAUGUAUCUUUAUUAUGUUCAGUCCCACAGAACAAAGUUUCAAAGGCCUGUCAGUGACAAGUUUUAACAGGGGGGAGCGUUCUCAUCUUCUGUAGUAGGAGGUAAAUUGUGCUGGACCAAUAACUUACAUACAAUAACACUGAAACUAGUGUCCAGUUAACUAAUGUGGCCUGUUCCAAUAGAAGGAAAUGACUACCUGACCAAGUCAUAUGUCAGAGGAAUGUAUUUAUUUUAUUUUUUGAAAGAUAUGGAGAAAAGUACCUUAUGCCAAACAGUCACUUUGAAAAAGAGUUUAAAUAUUUACAAAAUAUUUUGUAUACUUUACAGGAAUGUGCUCAGAUGCAUUUAUGCCAUUUAAUUUUUACUGUAGGCAGCAACUUCAAAUAUCCAUUUUAUUCUCUGCUCAACAUGGUGCAUGGCAUUUCAUUCCCAAUUGCACACAGAUCAACACAGACAAAGCAAUAAUGAAAUGCUCACAUGCCUUCUUACUCUGCAGUUCAUAAUCUUGGUUCCAAUUCAUUUUUGUGACUCUACAGUUAUUUCCAUUAGUGUCACGUUUUAGAUUUUGAGUUUUUAUGAGAAACAGUUUGGACUGAUUAUCAAGCGGUAUGUUUUUGGAGCAAAUUGACCCUUUUUACAUAAUCUGUAAUUAGUUACUUGUAAAGGGGGAAAAGUCCCAUCUUCUCUCAAAAUUGCUGACGCCACUUCUAAAAGAUUGUCGUGGAGAUUUAAUCUGUUAAAUUGAGCCAUAAAAAAUGGAAAAAAUUUGGACCAACACCCUUCCUUCAGAGUACAGUUGUCCUCCUUAGUACAAAUGACAUCAGCUUGACUACAAAAACAGCAUUGUAGUCAUAAAUAUAUACCUUUAGGAAAGGGCAGGGCAGUAGAACAGGAUCUGCAAAAGCACGAAGGCCUAUGAGAAAAUAAGACAUUAUGAUGGAUAGGAACAUGGCAUCCAGCUGAAUCCCAGUUACCAUCACAGGUGGAUUUGAGUAACUCAUUAUUUCAAACAAUCUUGUGGAUACAAAUGUUUUAUUAUACAACAGAUUUUAUACAAGGACUGAUGGAAUUAUUCUCUACACAUGUAAGGGACACGCAAAGGUAACACACAUGUAAAGUACAAUGGAACUUUGAGCCCAAGGACAAAGAAUUAGCUGGUGAAUGUCAGAUACGAGCUACAAAUAAACUAAACUGAUUCAGUGCCUUGACAGGGAUUACGGUCAAAAAAGUCAUUCUUCAGCUUCCCCUCAUCAAGUGCUUCAGUAGACUGGAAAUAGGAAAACUCUCUGCAAUCUGCAACAUCACAGCCAGAAACAAAACAAAUAAACAUGCUUGUGUCUGCUCCUUUUCACAAUUUCAUCAGGGCAUAAAGUUUACUUCCCACGCUGGUUAGGUUUUGGUUGUUUCAAGCACACAACGUCAGCAAUCUCACAAAGACACAUUUUGUGGACCGUUUAUAGACUAAAUAUUAAUGUCUAAAUGAUCAUUGUACAGAACUACUCAUAACCUUAUUUCAUCCAAGAAUUUGUAGGUGUACUGUAUCACCAUAUUGACAAGCAAGGAAUGCUAGCCUGGCUCGAUUCUGUGAGUAUGACCCCAGUGUCAAUGUGGCCUGAACCAGAUAAGUAGAUAACUGAAACAAGAGCAAAUGAACACAUAAAAAUUCAAACAGCUGCGUUGUCAUCACACCCAUGUGAUAAAAUGUUUAGCACUCUGUGAGAAAUUCAUUAAAUGGGUGGCGAAAUUUCAGUC